ACACAACAGUUAAAGCAAUGAAGGGCCCAUGCCCAACAUGUGGGGCAGACACAGACAGUAGUACGGCAAAAUUUUGCAGCGCAUGUGGUUCGAAGUUACAACAAUUACAACAAAAUGCAGAGUCUAUUAGAUGUAACGGUGACGAUGAAGGUAAACCAUGUAUGGAAAAAAUCAGUCUGGGUAAAAAGUUCUGUCCCAACUGUGGCAGACAAGUUGAUCCUAAAGAAUUUCUGCUAGUGAAUUGUCAGAAAUGCGGUCAAUAUUGUCCAGCUGCGAGCAAGAUGUGCACGCAUUGUUUACAAACUCUUACCCCAGAACCGAACGAGAGGACACAUCUGGGCAAAUUUGGGACAAAGCGUAUCCAGACCCUAACACGGUCCGUUUCGUCAUUUCUGUCUUGUGAACGUUGUGGUAAAGAACAGUUGGCUCACUGGAAUUUCUGUCUACAUUGUGGCGAAACACAUCGGUUCAAACCUAGAGAACCAGAAGCUCUUGGAACCGAAGAACGAACGUCAUUAAGAACAAACGAUGGUGAGGUACUUGGUAGAGGGGAUACAGACGACUCAGAGGAAACACAAUCCAAAAUGGAGACGAAAGUACUAAACAUGAAACCCGAUUUGGGAAGUGAUGAGUUCGAUGACCAAAUUUUGAUCACUGAAGCAGAGGCGCAAGUGAUUAUGAAGGUUCUUGAUAAUGAUCAGUCGAGAAAGACAACCCCCCCUGCGAUAGAAAAAUUGUCUUUCCAAUCGAGGUCGGUAAAAACAACUGCGAAUGAUAAUAGUUUUGAUCAACUCCAGUCAACAAAGCAAAAAGUAUCAGUAGUUGCGUGGGUUCUUGAUCUUCAUCGGUCGACAAAGUCAGAGAUUUAUGCGAAUCAGACAGAGGCUGAUGCUUGUCAGAAACCUGAUGGUCUAGCAAAUGCGGCUGCGACUCAAAGCGUUGUUGAUCCAGCGGAGGAAGCUGAUUUUAAGAAUGUUCUUGAUCAAUGCGGCUAUUCUGAGUUGAUGCAUCUAAUGGAACGAAGCAACAAUGAAUGGCGGGAUACGAAAAUAGAAAUUGCCAUAACAGGUGAAUCAGGGAGUGGAAAAUCCAGUUUGAUUAAUGCUUUAAGAGGACUAAAGGACGAUGCCCCUGAAGCUGCGAUUCCUGGCUGCAUUGAAGCUACUAUGGAGCGAAAAAAAUACCAACACCCCGACAACGCAAAUCUCGUUCUUUGGGAUUUGCCUGGUGUCGGAACCCCAAAUUUCCCACAAGAAACAUACAUCAAGAAGGCAUGUUUUAACGACUAUGAUUUUAUAAUCAUGGUGUCUCAGUCGCGAUAUACCAUAACUGAUACAUGGCUGGCAGAGAAAAUACAAAAUAUUUUUCCUGACUCAAACCUUUUUUUCGUUAGAACAAAAAUUGACGUCGAUCUUGGAAGUAUCCAGAAAGGAAGAAGCAAACAUAUGUCAGAUGAAGAACUCCAAGGAGUAUUCAGAAAUAUAAAGCAGAAUUGUUAUGACAAUCUGAAAAAGGCAAGGAUAAAUAAUCCGUACGUUUUCAUGGUAGAUAACCAUGACACAUCUGCAUUUGAAUUCGGUAAGCUUGCUAAUACGCUCGUUGCGAAGGUCUCCGCCUUAAAGAAAGAUGCUUUAAUAAUGACCAUACAGGGCUUCACCAAAGAGAUUGUCGCUGCAAAAUACGACCUUUGCAUUGCGAGAAUGAAGGCUAUUACGAAGCAGGCAGCUAUCGCAGCGAUGAAUUCAAAUCGAAAACACGAAAACAGAGAGCGUUUUGAGGUUGAAAUUCUGAAACAGGAAGUGAUGCUUUAUAAGCAUCAGCUUGGAAUUGACACAAACUCGUUGGACAUUGUUGCGCGAAGGUUUGGGAUUGACCGUGAGGAGGUGUAUGUGAAACUUAAUUCUGAAACGCAAGUGAUUUUGCGAAAUUUUGAACAGUUCUAUUUGAAACACGACAAAGUUGUUCCUUCAAAUAGGCAUUCAUUGCCAUUCAUGAGUCAGUUUUUCCUAUUAAGAAGCUACCAAAAGCAAUGCUUAUAUGUACUGAAAAUCGUAUUAGACAAAUGCAUAGAUGAAAAUAACACUUUACAGAAGAACAUAGCAGUCUGGGAAUUGUUGCCGAAUUAAACCAGGUCUGUAAUACUUGGAUAUGGAAACUCUGAAAGCAAAAACAAGACGACUUUAAAUGUGUUUGUACCCACGUGUAUGCGACAAAGUACUUAUUGUCACUAUUGUGAGAUGUUCUUGAAAAAAUUGCGAUUACAAACACCUGAAAUCGAUAUCGCGUGUUAUUCCACAUCUCAUUAUCAUCAAAAAUUCGAUUUAUACAAAAUAUGAUACUAUUAUAUAAACAGGCUGUUUGCAUAAAGGUCACGGAUGUACAUAACAUAUUCGGCUCUUUGUGUUAUAAAAACCCCGCGUGCUUUAUAUUUUGUAUGUAAGAGCGAAUGGUCUAGAUUUGUUGAUUUAUUGCCUAUUAUGUUGUUCCAUACGUUUUUUUUUACAUUCACGUUAAGUAUCUUUGUAUAAAUGCCAGUUAACUACUGAUCAAGCACACCGUCAAUGUUGAUUUAUUGCAUCGCUACAAAACCGCGCACACAAUAGACAUCAAAUAGUGAGACUGAACGUGUAUUGUAACUUUUUAAUUUUUGUUGACGUGUGUGUUUCAGUCGUUUAAUGUAUUGAAAUUAUGUAUUAUGGAAACAACUAUAUUAUGAUUGCAUACAUUGCUUUUCAUUUUGCGAUUUAUGAGAAAGGCUAGUUUAAUAUUAUUACAAAAUAAUUAUUUGUUAUCCCAAAUGUAAUUUGUAACUAUGUAGGUAUGCUUUAGUUGAGAAAUUAUAAGUUGCUAAAUUGUGCAAACGACGAGUAUUGCUUGCAAUAAUAAGUUUAGGUUCAAACACGGACGCAGAGGCACACCCCCCCCCCCAGUCACAAAUCGAUAAUUCAAAGGGAUUAGUUCUGCAAAUAUACCGACAGUAUGUAAGUUUAAUUCUCUAAAAAUAAGAACAAUUAUUAUGCGUUUAGUCUGACGUUAAUUGUGUCUGUAUUGUUAAUGCUGGUAUAUUUUGUAUUUGUAAUAGUAUGUACGUUUGAAUAAAUCAGAGAAUGUGCA